AUGAAAGGCAUGGUAAAAUAUUUUAAAUAAAUAAAUUGUAAUUAAGUUGACAGUGAUCCAGAAAAAUUCACACUGAAUUAAAUCUGUAAAUUUUGAAUAUGACACAAUAGUCUUAUUUUAUAUUUGUCAUAUUAGCGGAUCCUACCAGUUGAUUAAGGAUGCUGGCCACCAUGAAGCUGAAGAUACAUCAGCUGGGGCAGAUGGUUUCUUCUGGAAAAAUAUCUCUCUGGGAGUUCCAAAUGCACUUGUAGGAGGGGAAGUGCAUAUCUGGGUGUAUAUGUAUGAGAUUAAAGAGUUGACUAUCAGGUGUCACACAGAUCUCAAAUAACAAGAAGCAACGGAAGAUUAAAAAAAAUAACAGCACAGAGGCAAUAUUUAUUGAGAUGAUUUCAAGGGGAAAAGUUUUUUUCUUGUCUUUUGUUCUCGUGCUUUGAGAGCUAUGCAUAGUUCUAACUCAAAUGUGAAUUGCCUAAAUGUAUAACUACUGGAUAUAAGAAAAAGCAAACUAAGUUACUGCCUGAAGUAUUAGAAGUGAGACUUCCUUUUUCCCAGCAGGGUGGAUUACAAUUACAAUUUCUGCACAUACAAUAUUUUUUAAGAUACAUGAGAACAGGACCUCAGUCCAUCUCGUUGCCCUUUCUGAUGAAUAGUUUGUCAUACCAAUUUGUUUUCAUUGUAUCCUGCAGGUAGGACACAUUUAGUGCCAUAUGAAAUACACACCAGCUGCUUUCCACAUCCUUCCAGCUUGAGGAAUAAACUGCAGUUUUUGAAAGGCUGCAGAUUGCACUUUAAAUGUGUGAUAUUGUCAUCUUUCUCUUAUACAGGUCCUGUAUCUAAUAACCACGCAACAAAUUUGUUGUUAUGCUAUUUGUUGUUUCAGCUUUUGUGCGAUGCUAUUCAUCUUUAUAUCAAGGUUUUGCUAGGUUACUUUACAAAACACCUGGGAAAGUAUUUAAAAUGUAUAAGUCUUCAACUGCAAUGCGCCCAUAUGAGAAAUACUCUCUUAAACAGGGGCACGCAGCUUAUAUGUCCUUUCUGUCCAGAUAAGUUACUUUGGAUCUAAGAACGUAAACGUCAAACUGCAUGUGGUUACUGACACUAACAAAAAACAGUGUGGCGCAAAACAGUUCCUACACCUGACUUUUAUCGACCUCUCAAUCUGUCCUGAAGGGAAUUUUCCUCCUGGGACAAACAGCAUCCUCGCCAACACCACCUGAAGGAGGCGCCACCCUGCUUUAACAGCACACAUUCCCUCCACGCCUUAAGCACCAGAGUCGCCCCACCCCCGCACCAGCCCAAGGCCGCGCCUCCCAGCGCAAGGUAUAUGACGUCAGAGCACCGCCCAUUUUCACGUGGUCGCGGGCCAUCAGAGAAUUUCCAUUUGAAGUUGGCGCCCAGCGAAUCCUCCCAUGGUGCCCCGCGCGGCCGCUUUCCCCUCUCCCCCCCUCCCUUCGCUCGGCUCCGGCGGUAGCGGCUGCCGGGCCUGCGCACGCGCACUGUCCUUCCCAGCCGCCAUUUUGUGUCCAAAGCGACUGUGGAGCGAUUAAACCGCGAGCUGGUGUUGGGCGCUGGCGGCGGCCGCUAGUGGCAGGGCAGCGGCUUGAGGAGCUCCGCAGGACCCGAACGGGGCGGGGGCCGGGGCUGCAAGGGCGGCCCGGAGGCGCCCCCGGGGCAGGAAAGUGACAUGGAAAGUGAAGCAGUUGAGGCUGUUGGCGAGGAAUCUGAAACUUUCAUUAAAGGCAAAGAAAGGAAGACGUAUCAGAGGCGCCGGGAAGGUGGGCAGGAAGAAGAUGCUUGCCCAAUGCCACCCAACCAGGCAGAUGGGUCUGAGGUGGUGCAGGAUGUAAAUGCUGGUGUUCAGAUGGUCAUGAUGGAACAGCUUGAUCCAACACUGCUACAGAUGAAGACAGAGGUCAUGGAGGGCACUGUGCAACAGGAAGCUGAGGCAACAGUGGAUGACACGCAAAUAAUAACACUGCAAGUUGUAAACAUGGAAGAGCAGCCUAUCAACCUUGGUGAACUCCAGCUUGUCCAGGUGCCUGUUCCAGUAUCUGUACCUGUUGCCACCACUUCUGUGGAAGAAUUGCAAGGGGCCUAUGAAAAUGAGGUCUCGAAGGGGGGUCUUCAGGAGGGGGAGCCCAUGAUCUGCCAUACACUCCCGUUGCCAGAAGGUUUCCAAGUGGUAAAAGUUGGGGCAAAUGGCGAAGUGGAGACAUUAGAGCAAAGUGAACUUCAACCCCAGGAAGAUCCUAAUUGGCAGAAAGACCCAGACUAUCAACCCCCAGCCAAAAAGACAAAGAAAACCAAAAAAAGUAAACUCCGUUACACAGAGGAAGGGAAAGAUGUGGAUGUUUCUGUAUAUGAUUUUGAGGAGGAGCAGCAGGAGGGAUUACUCUCAGAGGUCAAUGCAGAGAAGGUGGUGGGCAACAUGAAGCCUCCUAAGCCAACAAAAAUUAAAAAGAAAGGUGUAAAGAAAACAUUCCAGUGUGAACUGUGCAGUUAUACUUGUCCACGUCGUUCAAACUUGGAUCGUCACAUGAAAAGCCACACAGAUGAGAGGCCACACAAGUGCCACCUUUGUGGCAGAGCUUUUCGUACAGUCACACUGCUGAGAAAUCACCUCAACACUCACACAGGUACUCGUCCUCAUAAAUGCCCUGACUGUGACAUGGCCUUUGUGACAAGUGGUGAGUUGGUUCGGCAUCGCCGCUAUAAACACACCCAUGAGAAGCCAUUCAAGUGUUCCAUGUGUGACUACGCUAGUGUGGAGGUCAGCAAAUUGAAACGCCACAUUCGCUCUCACACUGGGGAGCGUCCAUUCCAGUGCAGCUUGUGCAGCUAUGCAAGCAGAGACACUUACAAACUGAAGAGGCACAUGAGGACCCAUUCUGGUGAGAAGCCCUAUGAGUGUUACAUUUGCCAUGCACGAUUUACACAGAGUGGGACUAUGAAGAUGCACAUUCUGCAGAAGCACACGGAGAAUGUGGCUAAGUUUCACUGUCCACACUGUGAUACAGUUAUUGCACGGAAGAGUGACUUAGGUGUCCAUUUGCGAAAACAGCAUUCCUACAUUGAACAGGGCAAGAAAUGUCGUUACUGUGAUGCUGUAUUCCAUGAGCGAUACGCACUAAUCCAGCAUCAGAAAUCUCACAAGAAUGAGAAGCGCUUCAAAUGCGAUCAGUGUGACUAUGCGUGUCGACAGGAACGGCAUAUGAUCAUGCACAAGCGAACCCACACUGGAGAAAAGCCUUAUGCCUGUAGCCAUUGUGAUAAAACCUUCCGCCAGAAGCAGCUACUUGACAUGCACUUCAAGCGCUACCAUGACCCAACCUUUGUCCCAGCUGCCUUUGUCUGCUCCAAGUGUGGCAAAACAUUCACACGUCGUAACACAAUGGCCAGACAUGCAGACAACUGUACAGGUCCUGAUGGAGUAGAAGGAGAGAAUGGAGGGGAGCCCAAGAAGGGGAAACGUGGUCGAAAGAGAAAGAUGCGCUCCAAGAAAGAAGACUCUUCUGACAGUGAGGAAAAUGCAGAACCAGAGUUGGAUAAUAAUGAGGAGGAGGAGGAGACAGCAAUUGAAAUUGAAGCUGAACCAGAAGUGGAACCUGUUGCCCCAGUGCCACCACCAGCUAAGAAACGAAGAGGAAGGCCACCAGGGAAAUCCAAUCAACCAAAACAGACCCAGCCAACAACAAUCAUUCAGGUGGAAGACCAGAACACUGAUGCAAUUGAAAACAUUAUAGUGGAAGUCAAGAAAGAGCCUGAAGCAGAGACUGUAGGAGCCACUGCAGGAACACAGCCGGCUGCAGCGGAAGCACCCAAUGGAGACCUCACUCCAGAGAUGAUUCUUAGCAUGAUGGACCGGUGAUGGAGGAAGGGUUGUGCACGGACUGAACUGGCCCUGGCCUCUUUGGAAGUGGAUCAAUCCCUUCUUUUUGUUCUUUUUUAUUAUUUUAUUUUAUUUUAUUAUUUCUUUGUUUUUGGGAAAUGCAUCAUAUUUUUUUAGACCAUUUACCAAACAAGCCGGGAAGCAAACUUCAAAUGAUGUUAGAAAGUGAUUUGCCUAUAACUCUUUAUCUGUUAAAUGUUAGCCUAACCGGAUCAUGGAAUGUGGGGUGGGUUUUUUUUUUUGUUUGUCUGGAAUCUCUAGAGGUCUCUUGCGAAUCACUUGAGUCCAUUAGCUCUGAACUGCAUUGUAGUGAGGAGACAACCAGCCAUACAUAACAUGGGGCGGAAGGGGACAACAGAAGCCUAAACUGAAAACUUCAACCAAUUUCUCUGGAUCAGCUUCUGCUGUUCUUCAAAGCUCUUUGAACUUGUUUCUCUCUGUAGAGGUUUUAAUUGUAAAUGCAGACAUGAGAGGGUUGUAAAACUUUUUGCUAUUUUGGUUUCACUUUUUCUCCCCUUCCACUGACAGGUUCCAUGUCAGCACUGUAGGUUUGGCAUGUUCCAGCAGGUGUCUUUCUUCCCUGAUACUUUGCAUUCUUAAGGGCAUCUCUGUAAUGAUCAAAUUUGUAAAUAACUUUUUUUUUACAUUUUAAUCUUUUUUCCAUUUAAUUAAGAGAAUUGGGGGAUGUGGAUUAAAAAAAGAAAGCCCUAUCAUUUUGAAACUUGGGGGGGGGAGGGAAGAAUUAUUGAGGAAUUGGUAUAAAAUGAAAACUGGAAGUGAAAUCAGUGGAAGAAUGUUGGUCAGGUGUUAAUAUGGCAAAAAUCAACACCCAACUCCGUUGCUAAGUACAUGGACAUAGUCUUUAUAAGAGUCACUUAAACUACCUUUUUGAGUUUCAAGUUUUCACAGCUAUAUUUUUCUUUGCUUUUUUGUGUGUGUUUAUGGAUUCUAUAUUGACAACCAAGGUGUUAAUUUGUAAUAGGGCUUCCCGGCCCUUGAUACCUAUGGCAGGAAAUUUUACUAGGUCAGUAAUUAUAACAUGGGGGGUGUCUUUAAUUAAAAAGGAAAAAGAAUAAUGUGAAAUACAAAAAUGAUGCCUGGAUACAAAUCAUCACAUGUUAAAAAUGCAUAAGCUUUUUAUAGAGUCUUGCUGAUUUCAGAAGAACUUUCUUCUGUCUAUUGCUUUUUAAGAGAGCUAUCAGGUUAGCUAUCUGAUCCUAGGUUGAUGCAUUUUGUACUUAGCUGUACUGUGUGAUAUUUUUCAUUAUUUUAGGAACCCAACAUGAGAUAAAAUGUUAUAAAACACAUAAUGGGUUUGGAUUCUGGGAAGGAGAAUAUACUGCUGUACAGCUAAUAAAUAUUAAUGAGUAUG